CAGUCGUCGUGUUAACCCGCGCGCGUUCACUGACUGCGUCGCUGCUAUACACUACGAACUUUAACGAAUGUCCAAUCACGCCGAAGAUUUUUGCAUAUUAUUCAUAAAAGAAAUAAUUAAUUGAACUAUUCAUUUCUGUGCAGUGCAGUGCGAUUAAAACUCGUGUUUGAUAUUGUGCUUAUAAAUAGUUUAUGUGACAAGUUACCUAAGGUUAAAGUUGAGAGUACUCACUCACCUACGGAUGUACUUGGAAAAAUAAAUUGUGUUUAAUUAUACGUUUAAGUGAUUAAAUAGUGUGUACAAACGAUAUAUUGACAUAAGUUUAAUCUAAACCAACUCUAUAUACAGAGUUUCGCUCCAAACAAGACUACCCGUGAUGUGACGUGCAUAAUGCGGUACUGCGUCACUGUGACGCAACACGGACGGACCUUUGUAAACUAGUGCUGUGCGAGUUACAAUCGAUUAAUCAUACAACUGAUAAAUCAAUCGAUUGUCUUGUAUACGUCACACGCACGAAUGAACACCCUAAUGCUGACGACUAACGGAGCAAUAGAAGACCAGACCUGUGUUGAUAGCAAUAUGUCGUUUUCCUCAUACAAUAUGAUGGACUCCGGGGGAGCUGGAAUAGCUGAAUCUCCACCCACAUACCAUCGCACUUACGAACAAUACGUCCAAGGCGGAGUAGAGAAUAGUACAGAUUCAGGGCAAGACCAAACCACACCUGAGUUAGUAGUGUGGUCGACUUUACCAUAUGGUUUGGACUAUAGAGCUCAGUACGAUUAUAGAAAUCCCUACGAGGCAUCAAGGGAUUAUUCUACACAACAGUACGCUCGUGCGCCUUUUACCACGAAAAUGGGACAAGCUAAGGCGUUGAAGGAAGCAAGGAUCAGGAGGCCGAUGAACGCUUUCAUGGUUUGGGCGAAAGUGGAGAGGAAGAAGUUAGCAGACGAGAAUCCGGAUCUUCAUAAUGCCGAUUUAAGUAAAAUGCUAGGUAAAAAAUGGCGUUCGCUGACACCGCAAGAUAGGAGACCGUUCGUCGAAGAAGCGGAACGGCUUAGAGUCAUACAUAUGACAGAGCAUCCGAACUACAAGUACAGACCAAGACGACGAAAACAAAAUAAGACCAGACCCAAUCAGCCAACGACCCCUGCGAGUGGACCACCGUCAGCGUCGGCCGCUUUGGGAUCUCCAUACGCAACUGCCACAGAUUCUCCAGAUACACGCUUCUCUCAUAACCCAGGAGCAGGCUUUUCACCGUAUCGAACCUCUCCGCUCGCUUCGGAUUCCUUCCAAAGCGGUCAAUUUAACGGUCAUGUCCAAACUCCUGAAUCAUCUCCCGCAAGGUCCCCAGAGCCGCAAGGUAGGAGAAGCGCGCCAGCAGAAGCGCCUCUUCCCACACCAGAUGCCUCACCAGUGGAAAAUGAAAAAGAAAACUUUCAAUACGAAGAAAGGCGAAGAGCCAUAAAUGCUUCUUCUAUUUCUGAUUCGUAUUCUCCUUACAAAACCUAUAGAACGCCGGGUUCCUUCUCGCCAGCUCCUGUCGCAGCCAUGGGUAUGGCUAACGGGAUGUAUGUUAUGUGUACGCAGAGAAAUGCUGCCGAACAGCCACCUUUGGUCACUGGUACCUUUUUCCCACCGGUCGCAACGUCGCAAGAUCAGCAAGCCUUAGGCACAAGCACUCCUAGGGUAUCUUCUGCCCCAAGCGGACCAAUGCCUUCAGAAUACAGCAUCCAAUAUCAUCCUUACGAACAAUACGAGCAAAUGUAUAAAACUGAAGAUUCUUAUGUCUCUCAUUACCCUGAACAGCCUAAAACUGAGUAUGAUACUGGAAGCUCAUACUUCUCUGAAGAACCACCGACGAAUUCGGGUCCAGAUACAGAUCCGAAUUUUAUGAACCAACGGCCAGAGAUGAGAACGGGUUCGCCGGAUUCCGAUGUUGACGCUCGUGAGUUUGAUAAAUACUUGGACUAUGCCCCUGAAGGUACUGUAGACCAGCACCAGCAGCAACAAUAUCGGUACGAGCAUCAGCAAGGGUACAGGCCUCCUUAUUGUGCCGAGCAACCUCCAGGGCCAGAAUAUUGUUCUGAGAGGAUGUACCCAUCUCCUUAUGCUUCUGUGAUCUCAGGAACGCCAGCACCCGUGGCGUAUGCACCAGCCCCUACUGGCGCUGAUGUCAGGCCCGAAGACGAGUUCAGUGUGAUCCUGGCAGGCGUCAGGCAGACCUGUUACAGCAACUGACUAGAUAGUACUAAUAUGGGAUAGGAAUUUUAAGGACAUUUCCUAAAUAUAGCCCAAAGAUUACACUGUCUCGAUCUUUAAAAUAUAACCCUACUGUUAUAUGGUAAUUUGAUUGUAUUCUCAUGUACACAAGGUGCAUUAUUGAAUGAAAAAGAAAAUGCUCUAAAACUAACAUUGAAAGUUUAUAAAUUUAGAGCUGUACGGUUUCCUAUGUAAAUAAAAAAUAUAAUUUACUCGAAUAAUAAGCAUUGACGAUUUGAUUUAAAUCGAAUGUAUUUAUUAAGAAUUGAUGUUAUGAUUCUUGAGAAGGCUGUUAAAUGAUAUAUAAUUUUAUAAUAAAAUAUUAUAUUGGUGCUAUGUAAGAUGGUCCUAACUCCAAAAACGACGUUCUAUUGUUGACUUCCAAAUAAAUCCGUGUACCAUAGAGGUAGCGAUCCUGUGUAAAAGAUUAUUAUUUAUUUGUAACUAUUUUUGUAUAUUUCUUAGUUAAAAUUAACAAAAGAAUUGUCAAUUUAAUCGACACAUUAGUACUUCCAUUAAGCCUGUAGAUAUAGCCAUGUAAUAAUUAUUUUUAUAUGUUGUUUAGAGUAAUAAGAUAUAGUGUAAUGAAAGUUGACGUUAUCUGUAUAAAUUGUAAGAAAUUAAGGAAUGUGUCUCGUCUCAUUCAUUAUAUUUGUACUAAUAGUUGAAAUAUUUUAAUUUGCAUUGCAAUUUUAGUAAUUUAGAUAAAGACACUCGCACUGCGAAACUAAGUUCUUCCUAAUUAUAAGAAAAUUUAUAAGAACAAUAAAAAUUAUAUUCUAAAACA